GUUUCCUACGGUCUUGUCUUGUUGAAUUUGUCCACAGUUUUCGAUCUGUAUUCAUCCUGCCGUUUUGUCAAUAUGUUGGGGAGGAAGCUGCUGGUACAGUUUACACUUGGGAGGAGGAAUACUCAGGUUUUAACAUCUCAGUUUCAAAGGCUUUGCCACCAUGAAACACAGGCCACGCCGGGGGCCACGCCUGAUCACCAGAAAGUCUAUGAGCUCCGUUGUUACCAGGUGAAUGUGAAGGACAUGAAGACAUACAUUGAGGUGACGACUGAUCCUGGUAUCAAGAUCAGAACCAAGUAUUCAAAGUUGCUUGGCUACUGGCAGUCGGAGUACGGUGGCAUCUGCAAUCAGGUUGUUCAUAUGUGGGUGUAUGACAGCCUACAACACCGUAUCCAACUUCGCAAAGGUCUGACCUCUGAUCCUGCAUGGAUCUCCGACUACCUCAGCCACGUUCUUCCAAUGUGGAACUUCCAGGAAAAUAGUCUCAUGCGCUUACUGCCGUGGGCCAGCAUUCCUAGUGAAGUGAAGGAUGGGGGAAUCUACCAACUGGAGAAGCUGACCCUGACUGGGGAUAUUGGGAAGGAGAUGGGGAGAAUAGCUGAGUAUGGGUUAGCAGCGGAUGAGGGCACUGAUAGACAACUCAUUGGUGCCUGGAAUGUCAUAUGUGGGAAACUCAACACAGUGAACCUUCUCCACCGCUAUGGAUCCCAAGACGCAGCCAUCCAUCACCAGACUCACCCAGAGAAGAGUAAAACAGCUCAAGCUUAUAAAUCAAUGCUACCACUCACUGCAGCCGUGGAAUCUCGGAUUCUCCUCCCAUAUUCAUUCUCUCCAUGGAAGUGAGAUUGUAUGAGCUCAUCGAGUACUUCAAAAUGUCUAUUACUGAUAGUGUGGUACUUGAGAGACAAGAGCAUGGAAAGGAUAGGAAUCAGUUCCUGUGCUGUGACAAUACAUUAUGCUGCCUUUCAUCUUGCAAUGUCAGAUCUAUAAUUAGAUGUGGGAAUUGGUGCUGGUCAGAUAAUUAUCAUAUAGGAAUGUGGAUGAGAUUGUGAUUAUCACACUGUUAUUUACCGUUGAUUCGUGAAUAGACUGUGUGUCUAUGGAAAUCUAGUAUUAUUGUAAACUUCUGGGCCUGAAAUCAGAGCAUAGUGUUCAGCAGUUGUGUUCAACUCUCUCCUUGCAGUUUCAGGGCCCAUGGCAUUGGCCAGUGCUAAUAAAUUAUAUUUACAACCUAUUUGCUAAGCAUAUUAAUUUUG